UUCUGGGUUUUGUUGGUCAUUUAUGGCUACAACAUUGUUCUCCUACUUCUAUCUGGCAGCCGAGAACUCUUUUAUUUUUUGGUCUCGUGUUUAAAAACUCACACUGAGAGAAGAGUGAAAUAGUCGUAUAAGAUGAGAAUGAGAGAAGAAGAGCUAAAGGGAACCGUGCUUGUGGGUGAUUCUAAGAGUAUCGCGUCGAAAGGAAGUAAUGGCAUGUUUUUACCUGUCGAACUCGAAGCAGAUUACUUAUCAUCGUGGCGCUGCGUAGGGGUCUCAAUGUCGUUAUUCUUGAAACAAGCUUCGCACCGGGUCGUUAUGCUGGAUUCGUGUAUACUUUUCCUUCACCAGUCCUGACGAGUGGGAUAGUUUUAUGCUACCGGGGGAACUUCUUACCUUGGUUCAGUUCAAAUUCUGCAGCCGAAAUUUCUUCCUCUAACGUCUAACCCUGGUAGUAGGGAUAAUAACAUGAAGAUGCCAAACUUGGUUCCGCAUCCAAACCCGCUGCACCAUGUAACCACAUACACCAUUUUCACGAAAGUGCACUGUAUAGUGCUCUAGGUUUUUUUUGCGAAAAAAAUGCAUCGCCAAUGCGUAUCUGAUUGAUAAUAUAUAUGAUUUCGUUUUUUUCUGAAUUCAAGACUGCACGUUGAUGCCCCCUCAUUCCUAUAUGAGUCUGAAGAAACAGCAAAUGAGGCAGAUAGCGUAAUUUCUACUGCCGCAGCUCCCUUCCGCUGGACGCUCCUCCAUGCUUUCCCUCGGUGGUCCGCCGUCGGAAUGGACCCGACUCGUCCGAGACAUCGAACAGGGCAUCGGCACCGAAUGGGUCGUCCACGCGUUACAGCAAUAUGUCGUGGAGAAGGGGAUCAGUUUUCUGUACCACACCGAGCCCAUUCGGGACAUGAAUUUGGCCCAUCUCGCCGCGAAGCGGUACCAAGACCGGUGCCUGGACCUCUUCCUCUUCCUCCUCGACCACGCGCCGCGGAUGUGCUUCAAGAGUCGCGACAAGUACGGCCAGACCUGUUUGAUGUACGCCUUGGAGUCGAAUUCGUUGAAAAUUGCCUGCGUGUUGCUGCAGCGCCAGGCGGAAAUCAACGGCGGGUGGCUGAAUGAGUCGCUGGUUUUGGAGAACCAAAACAAGGACAUCGUGUACGAUUUCCACUCCUUCCCCUGGAUGUACCCGGAAGCACCCGGGGGGUUCCGGUACGACUUCCAGACGCCCGUUUUGGAAACGCGCGCCGCCGAGAUGCAGAAACACGGCGUGCGGGCGGUCGACGCCGCGGAGGCGGUAGCCGCGGGGUUUUCCUCGCCCAGGUACUCGCAGACGAUCGCAAAGGUCAAAGACGAAGAGAAGGCCAGGCAGAAGCAGAGGGUACUAACUUGAUUUGGUUUUUUUUUUCGUUUGGUUUUCAAUCAUUCUUUUUUUCCUUCGUGCAAAGCAGAAGAUGCCUGCGACACUGGAGGGUUCGUGGUGAUCUAGUACAGCUUUCAUUUCCUGCUACCCCUAGCGAAUCGCACAUGAUUAUCCCAAAAACAACAGCUGGAACUAAAAGCCGCAACCUCGAUGAAGUGGAAAAAUGCCCCGGAGGAGCGGCCGCCAGAACCGCCACCCCCGAGAAUGUACGGGCCGGUUAUGGCGUUCUCAAACGUUACAUUCUCAACUGUUACAUGAAUUUGUGAUGCAAGACUAGCAUAGGUGAGAGGGAGGACCUUGCGCGUCUUGCAUUACAGGUUUGAUCCGGAAUACAGUACUAUUUAGCCUUCCGAGAAUUUGUGAUGCAAAGCAGCUUGAUCGUCUGGAGAAUUAUGGCCAUUUUGCAUGACAAAUCAUGUAACAGUUGAGAAUGUAACGUUUGAGAGCACCAUACCGGUUCCGGACAACCCAGACCUCGUGCUCUACACGCCCGACCCCCGACCCCAACUCCCCGAGUAUCAAAUGUAAAAAUGUCUGGGUCUGGAAGAUUACCGGGUUUGUCAUGCACAUUUUGCACGACUCCUGAUGUCUGUGAUGCAUGCCUUAGCAUCACAGAUUUUGUGAGGGCUUUCUGAUGCCUAGACCGCAUGACAAAUGCUCUUUCCGUGUAGCACAAAUUGGACUCUCUUUGCUGCUCAUGCAAUACAGAUUUUUUUAGAAUCCAAAAUCAGCAUGACAAGUUGGAUUCUUCCAGACCCAGACAUUUUUACAGUUGAUACCGAGGGCGUGCAGCUGAAGCCGGAACUGCGCGGCCGGGCGGAGAUGCUCCACCUAGCGUGGGAGCCGCAGAACAUUGUGGACGCGACGGCAUACAACCCGACCAUAAAGACCAACUCCGUGACCGGGUUCCAGAAAGAGGUGGAUGGGGGCCCCCAUCACUGGAAUAAAACCUUGAAACUCGGUAUGUUCGGCGACGAGAACGAGAUUUUCGGCGAUUUUGUGGAGGAGGUCGUGGUCGACACGGUGGUGAAAGUGAUAUCACACAGAAAAAAACUGGCAGGUCGUAUUUGUAAUGCAAAAAUAAAUAAUUGCAUACCCGAAAUAGCAUGCUACGAUGUCGCCCAUGACAGAUUUUUCUGUGUUUAUUUUUGCAAUACAAAUAUGCCCUGCCAGCUUUUUUCUGUGGGAUACGUGACGAAAAAGAAAAAGAAGAAGAAACGACGCGCGGCGCCGCUCUAUUCCAUGAAGGCCAUGGGCGAGUACCCGGGCAAGGCGAUCAAGACCCCCGCGCCGAACACGGCCCGGGCCCAGGCGUUCGCGAAGAGCCGCGAAGAGGGAUCCUCCUCCGGCGGGGGAAACAGCCCAGCACUUCACCGGUCCAGCACCAACAGCCCGAAAAGCGGCUCGGCGAGCGGCGGGGGGAAUACGCCCGCGAGGCCCGGCGCGCGGUCGCCCAACACCGUUGGGUCCUCUCCGGUCGGCGGUCGGUCCCCGGCGGGUGGCGGAAGUACUAACGCGAGUCCAAUGCCGGGACUACCCGUUAUCGGCGGUUUUGGCGGAGAAAAUAAAACAUGGCAGAAGACCGGGUCCACGGCCGCACCGCCAACUGGCGCGCAGACGCUCGGUACAACAGGUCCGCAGACGACCAUUAACACGUCUAAGAUGAACCGAACCAGCGGCAGCAUCGACUCCAGCAACAGUAAGUCCUCUAGUAACAGCAAGUCGAAGCACACCACGUCCACCUCCUCCAUGUUCCGGACGUCGCAAGAGUUGAACAAAACCCCGGGCUUAAUUCACCCGGUCAUCACACUCGACACGGACGAAUUAGGUCACGACGCGAUCUGGUACGCCGUGAAGAACAAGCGGUACCGGGUUGUGAAAUUUCUGAAGUCCGAGCCGCGGGUCAGCACCAACAUCCAUCUCUUCCAACUCGCCUGCAAGAUCGGGUGCCGCAUCUCCACCAGGAUGUUUGUGGACAGCAUCGGCAUGGUGCCGCCGAUCAACUGUCUGCUCGACGCGGUGAAGUCGCAAGAUGUGAAGGCGGUCAAACUCCUGCUCGACCGCCGCGCGGAGGUGGACGGGCGGGACCCGGACAUGGGCGACACGCCGCUGAUGAUCGCGUGCCGGAAGGUGGACAAGAAGAUGGUGGAUCUAUUACUGCAAUACAAAGCCAGUGUGAAUCUGGAGAACUUUGUACACAAUUCCGUCGACAAGAUCGCGUUCGAACAGUUCACAGAGGCGAACCGGUUCGAAAACCGCAUGCACAGCAACGAACAGCUGUUGGUGACUUGCAAGGAGAUCUGCAUCGCCAUCAGGAAACGGCUGGCGGAGCUGGAGGGCAAGAUCUACAUCAUCGUCGACGACCGCACGCUGGACUACAUGGGCGGCGGCGAAAAGCGGUUGAAAGUGUCCGACGCGAACUUGCCGCUGGGCAUGUCGCCGAAAAACAACUCGACGGCCAGCCCGCGGUCCCCGUCGCAGCAGUCGCUUUCGGGUGGACCGGGGUCCGCGGCGGGGGAUGAGCAGAGUGAGCCUUCGACGUACACAAAAAUGACGGGCGGGAAAAAGAAAAAGAAAAAAACGGUGGAGUGAGGGAGGUAGAACAGGUAGAGCACAAUUUGAAUUUGUAUGAUCAUUGUUGAGAACCGGUGGCGGAAUGCGCUGCUGACUUCGCUUCUACUCCCCAAACAAAAACCCGUAAGCAAAACACGACAGGUUUUCCUUUUCGUUUCACAGAUACAUCUCCAUUUACACGUAAGUACAUCAUUUUGUUUCAAAUCUGUUGGUGCAGCACGCAGGACGGCACACAGCAACAAUUUUCGAAUUCACAGCAAAAUGUACGCGCAAUUUGAUCGAAACCGUAUCGAAGCAGCUGAAUGUACACAACAAGAUAUUGCCAUGAAACGUGAA